CCACCGCCUCUUGCUAGCACUGGCUGGGUCGGGCGGGCGGUGAGGAGGCGACAACUAGAGUGCCCGAAGCAGUGCUCACCUUGUGCCUCUGGCAGCGUCGGGAUGCCUGAGAACAGCUCUGCCGCCAAUUGCUCUGAGGCCGGCGGGCUGGCGGCGCGCCCUAGCUGGUCCGGGUCAGCAGGCGCAGGGCCAUCAGGGACUCCCCGGGCUCCUUGGGUGGCUCCCACGCUAUCUACAGUGGUCGUUGUCACCACAGCCGUGGAUGUCGUGGGGAACCUCCUUGUCAUCCUCUCUGUGCUCAGGAACCGCAAGCUGCGGAACGCGGGUAACCUGUUUGUGGUGAGUCUGGCCUUGGCUGACCUGGUGGUAGCCUUGUACCCUUACCCGCUGAUCCUGGUGGCCAUUGUCCAUGAUGGCUGGGCCCUUGGAGAGGCCCACUGCAAAGCCAGCGCCUUUGUGAUGGGCCUGAGCGUCAUUGGCUCUGUCUUCAACAUCACAGCCAUUGCUAUCAACCGCUAUUGGUGCAUCUGUCACAGUGCAACCUACCACCGCGUCUGCAGUCACUGGCAUGCCCCCCUCUACAUCAGCCUCGUCUGGCUCCUCACUCUGGUGGCCUUGGUGCCCAAUUUCUUUGUGGGGUCCCUAGAAUAUGACCCACGCAUCUAUUCCUGCACCUUCAUCCAGACAGCCAGCACCCAGUACACUGCGGCCGUGGUGGCCAUCCACUUCCUCCUUCCAAUUGCUGUGGUAUCCUUCUGCUACCUGCGAAUCUGGGUGCUGGUGCUCCGGGUCCGAAGGAAGGCCAAGGCGGAGAGUAAGCUGCGCCUGAGGCCCGGGGACUUGCGCAGUUUCCUAACCAUGUUCGCAGUGUUCGUGGUUUUUGCCAUAUGCUGGGCCCCCCUCAACUGCAUCGGCCUUGCGGUGGCUAUCAACCCAGAGGCGAUGGCCCUCCAGGUCCCAGAGGGGCUCUUUGUCACCAGCUACUUCCUAGCUUACUUCAACAGCUGCCUUAAUGCCAUUGUUUACGGGCUCCUGAAUCGGAACUUCCGCAGGGAGUACAGGAGGAUCCUCUCAGGCCUUUGGAACACUGGGUGCUGCUUCCAUGAUGCUUCCAAAUGCUCUCUUGCUGAGGAGCUGCGGAGCCCAACACCGCCUGAUCUCGGGGCUCCCAUGCCUGUCCAGGAGGGUGCUCUCUAGUCUGCAUCAAGUACAUGGACCUAGAGGCAAAGCUUUGAAGUGGGGAAGUGUAACUUGUGUCACAGUGCUGUGCACCAACCUGCUCACAUCACAGCCCACAACUGGGGAAGUCUGGCAGGUGGCCACAAGCACAAACCUGCAGACACUCCUGGUGCCAGGUCGGACACUGGAUUCCAAAGGGCUGGGGCAGAAGUCAAACCCUACCCAUGAGAUGCUGUUUUCCCUGCCACAUGGACCUGUUACUAAUGCUGCCCCUUCCUUGACGGGCCAGCAGGAAGAUAUCUCUUUUGAUUACCUGCGCUGAAAGAGAAAAAUUCACAGAACUGAAUGAAGGAUGAACCAGUGUCCUAGAGAACAAAAGAAAGCAGAGAAAGCCAGAGCAUCAGGCCAUGAUGUGCAUACUCCAUGGAAUGGUCUCACACCACCGGCCCUGAAUUUAAACAAGGACAGUCAUUCAAAGGGCGUAGAGAUGACUCACCUUCUGCUUGACAGACCCUACAGUCUCUGCAAAGAUGCUUCCCAGCCAUCUUCCUCCUGUGACCUUCGGAGAACACCUGUCUUGAGCUCUCUAGGAAACUCUCAGCCUUCAAGGGACCACAAGUUCAGGUGCAGACUUCUGACUGGGUUGACCUCUGAGGUCAUUCAGCACGUUGGCCGCCAUGGAUCAGGACACACACAUGUACACCUAUACCUUGUCAGAGACACACUUGGAACACAGAAAGUCACAAGAGACUGACAAGUUUUUCUUAACAAAUAAUAGCCAAUCAGAUAUGCUACCAAUCAUUGGUUAAAAAAUAAAACAUUAGUAUGCAAAAAUAAAUAAAUAUAGUAAAAUCUGAACUGUUUACAUUUUCCAACGUGGAGACAGUUUUACGAUAGGAUCUCAUAUACUCCAAGCUGGCCUUGAAUUAGUUAUGUAGCUAGUUGAAGAUGGCCUUGAACUUCUGAUCUUCCUGCCCCUUCUACUUCCUGGGUGCUGGAAUUACUAGCAUACUGGCUGCUACACUUGGCUCAAAGGAGCAAAUUUUAAAACGUGCUGUGUGCCAAUGUCAAGUAUGAACUCGGUGUACAGCAGAGCACUAGGAAACUUCCAUGUGCAAAACUGCAACCUUCUCCACAUAAGCCUACUUCCUGCUCCAGGGAGUGAUUUCUUUGGAAGCUCUACUUGAGCUCAUGCAGUACAUGCCCUUCUGUGAGUGGACUCUUCACAUGGGAUAAUGCCCUAUAGGUUCUUUUGUGGUUUUGCUUAAAGUGACAUUUUCUUCCUGCCUAAGGAAGAAUGACCAAUCUACUGUCCAUCUACACCACACUGAACUGGCACUGUGACCCAAAGAUUGCAGUUUUGAAUGUCCACCAAGAAGAGGUGCGGUCAAGAUUUCAGUGACUUAUGUGCACACCAGUGUCUGUGGUGGUAUUGUCAAAACAGCCAUGAUGUGGAAAUGGCUGCGCUAUCCAAAUGUUCUGAUACUACUGGGCGCUUCGAUGAAUUUCAAGUGUUGGUUCCAUUCUUAGUGUUUUGGGAAACAGUCACGCUGUUUGCCAAAGUGGCUGCACGACUUAGGUCCAGCAAAAGCACUAAUGCUCCAGCUCCCACACCUCCUUGCUAACAAUGGCUACUUGGUUCACUUUCAGCUUUUUCAUGACUACCAUCCUAGACGAUAGGAAGUGACUGUGGCACGAAUCUUAGAGGGUCUUAUUAAUAAAAACAAACCUGAAGCCAGGUAUUGGGGUGAACACUGGAAGACCAGAGAACCAGAACAAGCCACAUCCUCAC